ACAAUUUCAUCUGUCAGUCAGAUUCAACACAACCAACACAACCAUCCCUCUAUUCGAGACGAUGUCGGACUACUCAAAGAAGAUGAUGAACCAUAUCGGCACCAGUGGUGUCAUGAUCUGCUUGUCUCUGGCGCGGGAACUGGGAGUAGUGGACGUGCUGAUGGAAGCCAAACAGCCUCUUACAUCACAGCAAGUGGCUGACAAGCUAAACCUUAGAGAAAGGUAUGUCCGUGAGAUCCUGGGUUCCCUGUCUGUCGGGGAAGUCAUCAGCGUGGACGACAUGUCCACAAAGUUCCAUGUUCCAGAGGAUCACAAACAAGCAUUAGUGACAGUGUCGGUAUUUUCCAGACUUAUGCCACAGUUGGGUAUAAGAUAUAAUAAUGUCAAGGAUUGUGCUCAACAACGGAAUCCUGGCGGAAUGGUCUACAGCGAAACCCCUGUGAUGUUUGACGUCCUAAAAGAAAUGUUGGUGACAGUCAAGAAAGAUAUGGUGGAUACGGACAUCCUGCCUGCCAUUCCUCAGAUGGCACAAAGGUUAGAAUCUGGGAUCAAAGUUGCGGAAUUGGGCUGCGCAACUGGAGUCAUUAUAAACAAAUUAGCCUCUCGAUUCAAGAACAGUACCUUCCUUGGUUCGGACGUAGCAAGCAAGCCACUGGAAGGAGCCAAAGCAGAUGCAAAUAGCCGUGGCAUUCAGAAUAUCACUUAUAGCACUGACAAUAUUGAAAACAUAUCUGAUAAGUACAACGAGAGUUUUGACUGGAUACUUACUCGCGAUGUUAUUCACGACCUAACGUAUCCACAGCAAGCCAUAAAACAGAUCUACCGGUGUCUGAAACCAGGGGGUAUUUACAGCAUGAUUGACAUCGGAAUAGAGGGAGGAAUUGCUGGCAACAUUGCAAAUGCUACAUCUAUGUUCUACUACUCGGCAAGCACGUUUAUGUGCAUCCCGGAGAGCUUCCGCCAGCCUGACUCUGCAGCGCUUGGGGCAACAUGGGGUGCACCUUUGGCAAGAGAGAUGGUUGCCAAAGCUGGUUUCACCAUCAUAAACGAAUCUACCAGUCGCACGGAUGAGAAGGAGGUCCACUUUGUCUGCCAAAAGUAGAAUACGGGGUGCUUUCAUCUCAUGGACACCCAUCACGUGCAUUUAUGAUGUUUUGAGGUCUUUAGAAGAAGUCGAGUUCCAGCAACCUUUUCCAUAUAUCAAUGCCGCAUUUUACAUCAGGAUAUACUUUAAGAUCAUGUCAAGAGAUUAAGCAUUAAUUUUGUACCUAAUACACAGAGAGGCUGAACGUUUUAAAAGCAAGGUAAUACGUUAUUUUAUAUCUUCAUGGAUGUAUACUUCUGACUUUGUAGUUGAACUUCUACCGUAUUGCCUCACUGAUGGUACCAUAGCUUGCUGGCCUGAUUAAAAAACAUUUCAAAACACA